CAACUUGACUGAGAGAUCAGUCUGAUGAUAAACGCCCCUGAUAUAUUAUAUAAACAACCGAUGCACACAGGUAGCGUCAAACAAUAGCGAUACAUACCGCAGGCAACACGGGAUCAGCAGAUAUUUCUGGGUUGCUGAAGACAACAGACAACCAUGAAGAAUCAUUUUUUCUUACAAGUGUUUAUGUUGGUGGCUGUAUGCUGUCUUAUACACAAGUCGGAUGCCAAACAUAGGAGAGUGAAGUGUAGUUUACAACGAGAUCGCGUGUGUGGUAACAAUGGCCGCACUUACAAGAGUGCUUGUGUCGCUAACCGCAGGAGGGUGAAAAUUGAUUGCAAAGGCAGGUGUCCCUGUGGGCUUGAUAGAAGAUGCUUUUGUACAAAGGAAUACAACCCUGUGUGUGGACAAGAUGGUAAAACGUACGGCAACCCUUGCACAGCCAGAUGCGCGGAAGUAGACGUUAGGUGUAAAGGAAGAUGUCCCUGUAACCCCGGUAGAAAAUGUUUCUGUACCAAGGAGUACAACCCUGUAUGUGGAGUAGAUGGUAAAACAUACGGUAAUCCAUGUACAGCUAAUUGUGCGGACGUGGCGGGGGCGUGUAAUGGGGAGUGUCCAUGCAACAAAACAACGCCCUGUAUAUGUACACUGGACUACACCCCCGUCUGUGGUGUCGACGGGAAAACUUACGGAAACGAAUGCGGAGCUAAUUGCGCAAAAGUAGCAGUAGAAUGCACUGGUGAGUGUCCUUGUGCACCCCGUAAGCCCUGUAUUUGCCCGUUGAACUUUGACCCGGUGUGUGGAAUUGACGGGAAAACCUACGGAAACGCAUGUGGAUCGAAUUGCGCGGGCGUGGCGGAAGCCUGUAAAGGGGAUUGUCCAUGUAACAAAACAACGCCCUGUAUAUGUACACUGGACUACACCCCCGUCUGUGGUGUCGAUGGAAAAACUUACGGGAACGAAUGCGGAGCUAAUUGUGCUGGCGUGAAAGUAUCCUGCAACGGCGAAUGCCCCUGUAAAAGUCCAACGCCUUGUUUGUGUACGGCUGAUUUACGGCCAGUGUGUGGACGUAAUGGAGUUACUUACAGCAACGCGUGCAGUGCGAAAUGCGCGGGUGUGGCGGAGGCGUGUGAAGGGGAGUGUCCAUGCAACAAAACAACGCCCUGUAUAUGUACAGUGGACUACACCCCUGUCUGUGGUGUCGACGGGAAAACUUACGGAAACGAAUGUGGAGCUAAUUGCGCAAAUGUUAAAAUUGGAUGCAAAGGCGAGUGUCCAUGUACUCCACCAAAGCUUUGCGCUUGUCCGUUGCAUUCUAACCCCGUUUGUGGCGCUGAUGGGAAUACCUAUGGAAACGCAUGUGGAGCAAAAUGCGCCGACGUAGCUGUGAAAUGUAAAGGAGCAUGCCCCUGUCGAUCUGAUUUCUGUAAGUGCACUAAACAUUACCGACCUGUUUGUGGAGUAGACGGGAAAACCUACGGCAACAAAUGUACAGCAGGAUGUUCGGAUACCAAAGUGGCUUGCAAAGGCGAGUGCCCCUGCAACAAACCGGUUAAAUGCGCAUGCCAAAAGAUUUUGAAACCAGUAUGUGGCAAGGACGGACAAACAUACCCCAAUCGAUGUGAAGCAUUAUGCAGGAAUACGAAAGAGGCUUGUAAAGGCGGGUGUCCCUGUGAAAAGCCUGUUACGUGCGCAUGCCCAAAGAUUUUGAAACCAGUAUGUGGCAGGGACGGACAAACGUAUACCAACAGAUGUGAAGCUUCAUGCAGCCGUACAAAGAUCGCAUGUAAAGGAAAGUGCCCAUGCAAAAGGCGGUUGAGGUCGAGGUGUGCUUGCCCAAGAAUACAUCGCCCUGUUUGUGGUGACAACGGUAGAACCUAUGCGAACUCCUGCUUGGCAACAUGCAGGGAGGCACAAGUUGAUUGUAACGGACGCUGUCCUUGUAGAAGCUGAGAUGAAGAUGAGGGGAAAUCGAUGAGUGGAUCAAAUAUGGCCUUCCAAUAUUUAAUAUAAACUUGAUCACAAAUGAUGUUUAAACAUUGUGUAACGAUUUAUUAGUUUAUUGUUAUAUUUUUUUUACAAAAGCCUUUUAAUUUAAUAUAAGUUCGUGCGCAUGCCUAUUGAUAAUUAGCUGUUUUAAUAAUUUCAAAAUGAGCUAUUGUAAAUCCUAUUUCUGAUACAUGAUUCAUAAAUGUAUACAAAUGGAAUCAUAUUGCAUCGCCGCAAAAACAAAAAAUAAUAUAACAACGAAUUUGACAUUCAACAAAAAAUGUAUUAACACAUUUUUUUUAUAUAUUCGAUGCCUGUGAUAUUGUUGAAAUCCUGUGGUUUAAUUAAGAGACAGGAAAUCAGUAAAGAUGUUACAAAUACACACUCGUACAUGUACAUAAUUAUAUACAUCGAUAUUUUAUGUAUUUCGGUUGAAGUGGAUAGAUUCACAAUUUUGCGGAUAAGUAGAUUUUUGUUAUUUUUUAACGUAUUACAAUAUGCAUACUCCCUAAUAAAUGCACGUGUCAUUUCGAGAAUUUUACGUUGUUGCUGCAUAUAAUACCUUUAAAAUGUGCUUAUUGUUAUUAAAUAUUACUUACCAGUA